UCUUUUUCAUCGCCACCCGCAAGCAGCAGCUUCGUUUGAUGGCGAAUGUGUCGCCUCCGUGUUAGUCGUAGCGUCUUGUGAACCUGCCCGAUCUGCCCCAUCCGUGUGCUUCGAAAACCGCGACAGGGUCCGGCCCACGCAGCAUGGAAUCAUGAUUUCGAAAGGAACGAAUCCUCCGAAAAACUCCGAGCUCAAGUAUGGAGGUAGCCCUACGAACCGCGGCCUUCACCACAAACCGGGCACGCUCCACGAUGAGAUGGAGCUGCGGCGCCUGCUGCACCAGGUGCGCUGCUGGCUGCGGGUGGUGUUUGUGUUGGCCAACAACCUGUACUGCAUCCCCACCUACCUGGCCUGGAUGUGGCUGGUGCUCUACCCGCUCCGGCUGCUCAUCCCCCCGCUCUACUGGGCCGUGGAGCGACAGCUCUUCAAGCUUCUGCUCCUCAUGGUCUCCUUCUGGAGCUGGAGCGCAGAGUACUAUGUGGACGAGGUGGGCGAGGACGUGAGCGAGUGCUACGGGGAGCGCACCCUGGUGCUGGUGAACCACCAGUCGACGGCGGACGUCCCGCUGCUCAUGGCCUCAUUCCAAGGCAAGCGGUCGGUCACGGAGCACCUCAUGUGGAUCAUGGACCGCCUGUUCAAGUACACCAACUUCGGGGCCGUCUCGAUCACCCACGGCGACUUCUUCAUCACCCAGGUGGGUCUCCGUAGGAGAGGGGCCGGAUCGGGCUCUCGAGCCGGAGCCUUCCCGCAGGGCAAGGACGUGCGCAACACGCAGCUGGAGCGGCUCAGGGACCACAUGCUCAAUGUGUACCUGCGGAGGGGCCUCAAGUGGAUCGUGCUCUUCCCGGAGGGCGGCUUCCUCCGCAAGAGGAUCGCCACCAGCCAGAGGUACGCCCGGACCAACAACUACCCGAUCCUGGAGCAUGUGACCCUGCCGCGAAUAGGGGCCAUGAAGACGGUCAUGGAGACUCUGUCGCCAGAGAACCUGGCGAAGAUCUCGAAAGGGCGCCGGGAGGAGGCCCUCAAGUGGGUGGUGGACGUGACGGUCGGCUACCCGGAGGGCAAGCCCCUGGACCUGCUGACCAUCUCAGGGGGCUUCCGCAAGGCGUGCGUGGUGCACCUGCACUACCGCCGCUUCCCCGUGGCCGAGGUGCCCUUCGGGGAGACGGAGGCCCUCACCCAGUGGCUCUACGCCCGCUGGGUCGAGAAGGAGCACCUGCUCGAAGAGUUCUACCGCACGGGACGCUUCCCGGGGCGGUCCCACCACCGCGAAGGUGCCGCCGGGGGCGCCCCCCUGCGGCUGGUGCCCCACCGCGCCGACUUCAACGUGGCCUGGAUCGUCCUGGUGCACGCCUUCUUCAUCAUGUCCACCCUGUUCCACGUGGCACUCUUCCGCUGGCUCGCUUCCCUGCUCUGGUGGUGAUUGCGCCCGCCCUCGGUCCCGCGGGGAGUGGACCUCGCAUUGUCGCCCGUCUGGGACCCUCGAGCGUCGGGACGAGGCAGGUCGCUCCUGGCGUAAAUGACGCAUCUCACUCCGGAGGAAGGGGCGUCCAUUGGCUCCGGAAUCGACUCGGGGGUCUCGAUCUUCCCGGCAGAGAGGGCAGCCGGGCGCACUCGCCGUCGUGGUCGGUAGACCUUCGGGCGAGGUGUUUGGAGCCCGCGAGAAAAGAGAGGCCUCCGUGCGAGGCGGGAAAAGAAAAAGACGUCGGGCACUCGACGCCUCGCCCACUUCCGUCCGCGUCUGCCGUGGAGCAAGGGCACCCUGCGGCGCUGCCUUCGGGCGCACGUGGGAAGCCGCGAGUCGCCCGACGGGGACUAGUCACUCGGGAGGAAGGACCCGGCCUCGGUCGCCUCCACAAUGGCCUUCCCGCCGCCGUCGUUACCACUCGCGUCCCAUCCUCCUGACACGCCCUGCCUCCGCACUUUCGGACCGGGGGACCUCGCGGAGCAAAGACUACGCCGCGUCUUCUCGUCUUCGUCAUCGACCGACCCGAGAGGCGCGGCAUUGCGUCCGGAAAUGGUUCCUGUGACUCGCGAAAGCGUGCGGUGUGUUUUUACGGACCGUCGACCUCCACGAUUCGUUUGUUGGCCCGGCGCCCCGCAUCGGGCGUGAUGGUGAUUGUCGUUCGUCUAAAUGGCCUGCAAUGUCGCGCUUCUACGUUGCAGCUACCGCGCAAAUUACGGAGCGAGAACCCUAAAAGUGAAAACCGUAGAGGCUCGCUCGGGCCAUCGGGACGACGCAGCGUCGGCGGGAUCGGUGUUCCGUUUUCUUCUUUGGGUGCGCGCGUGAAAGGGAGCCUGCGUGUGUCGGGUUCAACGGCGAGCGUACCGUUUUCCGGGUGCAUUUGACGGAAGUCUGCUGGAAGCGAGGGCGUUUUCGGCUGCCCCGCGUAUCGUUCGGACGCGUUUUCCCGACUGCAUGCGGUGCAACGGGGGUGACACGUUUAUUUUUGUACUCGGGAGGGCGCAUGCGAGCGGCUCACUGCUGCUCCGUUGCGCGCGAGUCGAGAUGCGCGCCCACUCACAAUGCGUUCCGUCGUACAUACAGACUCGGAACACUUCUACUACUGUGAUGAUUUGAAGUGUGCGAAACCUAGGCUGUAGUUUCCUCGUUAAAAUUGCUUCUGUAUUUACAAUGAGCCCGCAGUGGCGUGCACGCCUGUCCUUGGGACUUUCUGGCCGCACUCACAAUUCCAUCUACGAACUUCUGAGAAGGGUACAAAUGCUUUCUUUGACGUUCUUGCCGCCACUUUCCUAUUUGUUGCUAGUGACAUUCGGUGGUUUUGGUCUUUUGUGGGAUUGCCUUAGAUCUUGAGUCUGUCUAUGUGGUGUUUUUGAGCUUCUCGAACGAAGCUUUGUUCCGGGGGCGUCCUUGUACGCGGGCGGCCUGGAUUCCUUUUUCUGUCUCCGUUCCAAAUUAAGGUUUUGCAUUCGCGUGGAAUGGCAGACUAGUCUUUGCGACGCACGAUGUAUCAUAGUCACUACUGUGCACAGUUGGAUUAUUAGAGGAAAGGAGAUAUUUCGGGGUUACACCAAUAGCUGCGAGAUCACGCAGACGCAAAAACAACCGUGCAGCCGUAAAACGCACGUCGGCCCCAAAAGCGAUUUAGCUCUUUGGACUCGUAUCUGCACAUGGUUCGAGUUGUUCCUCAGAAACUUUAGGUAUUUCUGCGAGUUUUGAUAGCAAACUGUAGUGUAGCUUGUAUAGAGCGUAGACCAAAUGGAGAUACGACCAACUUUGCUAGCUGUCUAACGAUGGUUUCAGCGUGAAUCUUGUCAUUGGAGUUCCGUGGUUUUUUGUGAGGACUUAGAGUAGUGGCCGUCUGUCGUCGAAGCCUCUUGGCAAUGCUUCAGAAGAGCGGUGGGAUGGGCCGUCAAAGGGCUGCGCGACAUAUUCGAUCGUUAGUAGGUGGAUCGUACGAGCGUUGUUUUCCAAAAAAAUAGAUUUGCCAUUACAUAGGUGAUGGUACCAUUAAAGAGCUUUUUUGGUUCUUAGUGCACAUGGAGUGCCAUAUGGACUGUAACCGUAAGGCUGGGGAGGAGGAAUAGCGGUGCAUCAUUCCUUCGGGAAACUGGGCCCUUUUAUUUUACAUUGUACUGUUGUCGGAGCACAGAACUGUGGUUGUGUAAGCAAUGGACUUUGGUCGGUUGGUUCCAAGAGCAUCUUUCAUUUGUGGUUGUCUUUGACACGUGCGCAUCUCCUGUGCUGUCCUUUUAUUUGCCGCUGAAAGUCAGUCACGCUCUUGUUGGUUACACAUGACGCUUCAUAGCUGAAUGCACUCCUGGUUUUUUCUAGCCAUUUUCAACAUCUUCCGCGCUUUGCCACGAAUGUCUGGAUUUUGUUUUGUGUUCUUUUUAAAGCCACCAAAUAAAUGUUCUAUUUAAUAUUGGUUUUGAACAAAAA